AUGUCCGCGGCGCUGGCGGAGACGAUCGCGCGCGACGCCGCGGACGGACGCGCGGGCGAGUACGACCUCGCGGGAUUCGGCGAGGCGUGGGUCGACGCGCUCGUCGAGGCGGCGUUCGCGACGCCGACGCGCGCGAAAGGAGGGUUUUACGCGUCGUGCAAGUUCAUCGUCGGCGGCGGGAAGAAGACGCGGGCGAAGUACGACGAUGAGGUGGUGAAACACUUGACGGCGGCGCUGCGCGCGAGGGGGUUCGAGGACGACAGAGGCGCGAGCGCGUGCGAGGCGUGCCAAGGGACGUAUAAGUACCAGCACGACACGGAUAAGGAUUUAAAAUACUUGCACGUGUUUCCGAGGGUGACGCACGAGGCGGAGGGGGGGGAGGCGGCGGCGGCGGCGGGCGGGACGCAGUCGCCCGAGUAUCGCGCGUGCGCGUGCGAUUUGGAGGAGUUCGAGCGAUUGGUGGAGAUGUAUUGUCCGAGCUUUUCGCAAAAGCGCGCGCUGUUGCGCAGGAUGAAGGUGAUGGAGCACGCGCUCGGGGCGCUGGAACAAAAGGUGAUCGCGAUGGAGAGCUUGAAUGAUCGCGAGCAGACGAUGUACGACUCGAUGGUUGAAGUCGCGGCGAAGAUUGAGUUCUUACAACAGGCGCUGGACGACAUGAUCAAGAAGGGUCGAUUGACGAAAGGCGAACAAGGAGAAAUCGUCGAAGAUUUGGAGCUCAAGCUCGAAGAUUUGAACCUGAUGGUGAACGAGGCGAACGAGGAGGGGAAGCCGAAGCGCGCGGAGAUGCUCGAGAGCAAGAAGGAAAUCGUCGUCAAGAAGAUUGACUCGGUGCGCGCGAAACCUCCAAUCGUGUACACGGUGCCGCACGAACGCGAACUUUUGGACUUGAAGAAGGAGCUGAACUCGCUGAAAAAAAUUGCCGCACAAUCGAAAGGAAAGUUGAUGAGCGGUGCGGACGCGGCGAAGUGCGCGAAUAUUCCCAAGCUCGAAGAGCGCAUAGCGAAUUUGGAAAACUCCGAGGAAAAAGGAUGGUACGAGGACGAAUGCCGAGCGCUUCUCUUUCCACCGGUCGCCGAAAAGAAAGCACCGGCGAAGGCCAAGGCGAGUGGCGCCAAAACCAAUUCGGGAUGGCUCACCAAGGCGGCAAAGGGCGGAUCGCGCGGCGGAGGUGGAUCCGCGAAAGCUUCGUCGACUCGUGGUCCUUCCAACCCGUUCGCGAUGCUCGGCGACGAUUAG